AAUUGAAACAAUCAGCAAGCAUACCAUCUGAAUAUUACAUGAAACGUGUGGAUAGAUUGUUUCAGUUUCACUGCAUCGCAUUCACUCAUAUUCGCUUGCUGUCAAGACUGUCUACUGGAGCGACAACUUUUCGUCGGACCUUUCAAUCGUUCAGGAACAGUCGCAUAAUAUUUCCCAAGGACGAAGCUCACACGAUGGGCUCUGAUCAUAUCACUGCCGCCGCGAUGGCGAUAGGUACACGAACGCAGAUUCUGCCCAUAGAUCCUACUAAACUUGGUCAUUUCUCGGACAGAUCUACAGAGUCAGGAAUGCCACUGGAAGAUUGGGAUCUGACACUGGAUGGCACGACGCAAGACGGAAAAGACUUGCAACUGGCCGCCUCAAAUCUCAAGCACUCGGAUAUCCCAGUCGCAUUCCCUACGGAGACAGUGUACGGACUGGGCGCAGAUGCAACUCGCAGUGCGGCAGUCAAAGGAAUCUACAAAGCCAAGCAGCGGCCGUCUGACAAUCCUCUAAUCGUACAUAUCGCAUCUUUGAAGCAGCUUCGACGACUAAUCUCUGUUCCCAACUCAUCAGCCGACAUCGAUCCGAUUCCACAAAUAUAUCAUCCUCUAAUUCGGCGAUUCUGGCCGGGCCCAAUCACAAUCAUCCUCCCGGUACCGGAAGAUUCAAAACUCGCACCCGAAGUCACGGCAGGAUUGCGCACGUUCGGUGCGAGAAUGCCCAGAGAUUUGCUUGCGCUGGCAUUAAUAAAGACGGCGGAUGUGCCCGUGGCCGCGCCUUCUGCAAAUGCUUCGACGAAACCAUCACCUACAGCAGCCGAGCAUGUACGCUAUGACCUGGAUGGUCGUAUUGAGUGGAUUGUGGAUGGCGGACCUUGUGAUGUCGGUGUCGAGAGCACGGUAGUGGACGGACUGAACUCGCCCCCUGCAGUGCUCAGACCUGGCGGCAUAGGAAUUGACCUGAUAAGGACAGUACCAGGAUGGGAGGAUACAGUGGUAGGCUACCACGAUGUGUCUAUGAAAGGAGAUGCUGCGCCCAGGGCACCGGGUAUGAAGUACCGACAUUACUCACCCAAGGCACCGGUCAUGUUGGUGGAAGCUACGGGAGGCAAGCAACCAUCUUCUUCAGAUCUGGCACGUCGACUCGGCUCAAGCGGCAGUGUAGGUUUGGUCAGGACGAAGAGAUGGAAGAGAAUGGGAGAUGGAGCUGCCAAGGGAGAAGUGGCGGGAGAAGUGGCAUCACUGGAGUCUACUCCGAAAGGCGCUGGUACCUCCGCAUCACCUCUAGAAGCCAUGUUGCAAGAAACUUCACGACACAAGAAGCAGCUACACGCGGAGGAGGUUAUCAUUGGACAUGGAGGCAAACCUUUCACAGUCUGGGACAUGUGCAUAGGCCCGGACACGGCGAGUGUAGCGCGUGGCCUGUUCUCAGCAUUGAGAGAACUCGAUCGCAAGGAUGUGGAUGCAAUCAUCGUGGAAGGCAUUGAUGACGAAGAAGGCGAUAUUGCGGCGGCAGUUAUGAAUAGGUUGCGCAAGGCUGCCGAGGUCAAGCUUGAACAGCUGUGAGGGCCGGGAAGCGGACCUGAGCGCGAGGAUGGUAUUUAGAAAUUGCCAUAAAUGGGAAUGCAUCAAACUCGGAGCUUCUUCCGAAUCAAAAACUGGAGCAAGCAACGACGUUUCAUGGUCCC